AUGUCUGACCAUGAGGAUAUUCCGCCACAUGUCCGCUCUGAGGGCAAGCGAAGGAAGAGUCGACGAAGUCGCCGACAGCAAGGUGUACAUGGUCAAACACCGGAGACAGGUACGAAUGUAGAAACAACAUCACCUCCAUCUGGAGUACAUCUAGCCGCUAUGGCCACUUUGUUACCUAUUCUCGCUACAUGGGGAGCUAUGUAUGAAGCUAGUAAUCAACCUUCUACCUCUUUUGCACAUACUGCGAUUCGCAGUCCAAAACAUAAACGUAAACGAAAAGCUUCGUCCAGAGUUCCUAGUCCAUAUCUAUCGCCUACAAAAUCUCGCUCUCCAUCACAACAUCCUUAUACUGCAACACCGCCACCGCCAUAUUCGGCUACGGCAAUUGAAGAGAUUUUGAAUACGGCAGAUAUGGAAGAUCAAAUGAACGAUCCUAGUGUUCCUUCUACAUCGCGAAGGAGUGUUACUUCCGGAAACUGCUGUAGCAUCUAG